CUGGUAAAUUUGCGACUUAAGCAGCCAAGUGAUUUUAAUACUAAGCUCUAUAUUGCUGAGCUAGGUCGGGAUGUAAAGCUUUUCUUCAUAUACUGCAUUUCUUUAGUGGAUAGUUUUAUUUCGAUAAUAUUAUUCUAGCUUUUUAUUUGCGUAGAACUGGUUGAGUUUUUGGCAUGUUGAAGCCACACACGUGACCCAUGAGUCCAUGACCCAAAACAGCGCAUCGUAUAAAUGAGCCAUAUAUACGCUCAUUGUACUAAACACGUACGUGAUCCCAUCGUUGAAGAGCUACAUGGCAUAAUCAAGCCCGGCAUAAUUAUCGCAAUUGUGUGAUGGUUGGCUCGAGAUGAAGAGUUUAGAUGUUCCAAUAUACUUAUAGCUUUUCGGAGGCAUGUGAAUAACCUAUCAGGAACGACCGUAAACGUUGAUCAAGGCCGAAACUAACAGGGCGUUUAAUUCAUCAACGUACUACAUGAAUUUCAGAUGACAGCUUACCUAAAAGGCAAGAUUUUUACAUUGGAUUGUUAUUCAAUAAAUUCUAAAAAACAUAAUUAAGGACAUUCCAGCGUGGAACCCGAGAAUUGAAUUGAAGACAUAGUCAUCGCAGGACAAACGAUCGCCAUAAAUUUUAGCAAUGGUACCUACCAAAUUUUGUAUAAUAAUGAUUGAUGAUUAAAUCUGUGGACUCGAUCAAUUAUAUGAACGUUUGUUAUUAAACAUCAUUACUUUCAUAUAAAGUAAUAGAUAAAUACUACAAAGUAAAUUGCACUUCUUAAAAAUUACUGGCAACAACAAAUAAAGUUUAAACUUGAUCAUCGAGCACGACAAACUCCUGAUGCGCCGCGAUACGAGGUCGCCUGCAGCAGGAAGCCGUGCAUGCAUUUAAGAGCGCUGGGUUGCUGUCAAGUCUGCAGACUUGCGCUACAGCAUCCGGCGUAACCACACUCGCGCUCUCGCCAGCGCAACAUUCAGUAUCGUGGAUACGAGCACUUCGAUAUUACAAAGAAGAUAAACUGUAGAGAUCACCAGUGACAAUGGUGGGAGGAAGGUAUGGAUCAGUGGUGGUGAUGGUGACCGUCAUGAUGGUGAUGAUGACAGCGGCGGCACCUCAAAACAAUAACAACAGAGGCCGCCCCACAGGAGGCGCUCAGCCGCUCAUGGAAUACAAGUUUGACUGGCAAGUGGACGACGCAGAGUCGGGCAGCUACUACGGGCACCGGGAGGGCACCGACGGGGCCCGCGUGGUGGGGUCCCACUACGUCUGGCUGCCGGACGGACGGCUAAGGCGGGUCGACUACUACGUCGACGCCGACAGCGGCUACGUGCCUACCAUCACCUACAUCAAUAACUACACGCCUUCUUGGGGACAGCGCCCGUACCGACGAUAAAUUGAUAAUAAUACUUGGGGACGGUGCCCGUACCGACGAUAAAUUGCUGGUCCACUAAUAUUGCCCGGACGACAUACCUGCAUCAUCGUACAGAGGUAGUGCGCUGACUUAUGAUAAGAAUUAGUUGCAGACAACGAGACGGUAGAAGAAAACUUUUAUGGGGGGAUUAUCCUGGACUAAUAAGAACGGGAACUGGAUCUGCAAGAGAUGGCCAUAUCUUUUGAAGAACAUAUUCAAACUAAAGGACUAUAAGCAGUGAAAACAGCACUAACAUGAUGAUUUUUGUUGAUAGUGCGAGAGCCGCUAUAACCACAACAAUUUCACACGAUAAUGACAUGCAAAUAACCAUACAGAAGCGGUAGGUUUAAAUUAUUGGUCAUUGACAUGGACAGAUUUGUACAAUAUAAUUGAAGAUAAUGUAAGGGAUUGCAAGACCCCAACAAUAAUAGUAAUGGUUUUGAAAAAAUGAAGGGAGAAGAGAUUUAGGUUUUUUUUUACUCAAACUUGGAGUGCCUGGAGAAGUUCCGGUCUAAAUCUUAUUAAUUCUAGCAAUCAACAAAAAGAGCUGAAUUGUCAUAGAGUUCGAUUAAUUAAACAAUGAGAUCUCAA